UUGGAACUAGCGGCUAUGGACGUAUGCGCUGAUAAUUUUGAAAGUACCGGCUCGGAACUGUAUGGCAUUGUCAAUGAAUCGGAGUUCGUGAGUCUCGACAUAGAAUUCACAGGUCUGCGUUCAAACUCGUCCGGGCCCCAGCAGAUCAGUCUCUUUGAUUCACCAUCUGAGUGGUAUGCGAAGGCCCGGCAGAGUGUUAAGCAAUUUACAAUCUGUCAGAUUGGGUUGUCUGUGUUUUCCACCAUCGAGGAUGAAGUAAACCAGUAUGUGGCCAAUUCCUGGAACUUCUUUCUCUUCCCCACAACGUUUGGGGACUUGGACUCGGAGUUCUCUUUCCAGGCGUCUAGUGUUCAGUUUUUGAAUCAGUAUGGCUUCGAUUUUAACAAGUUCCUCAAAAAGGGAAUCCCGUACAUGAAUGAAGAACAGGAGAAGACACUCAGGCAAAGCAUCAUGAGAGAGAACUGGAGAGUCCGCAGUUCUCUGGACAAAGACCAGAUUAAGGCAGUGAUUGACAAGGUGACCCGGUGGGUAUACCAGGCUGAGGAAGAAGACCAGAUAAUUCUGCCUGGUAUUUCUGGGUUCCAAGCCUUUGAAGUCGAAAUGGUCCUGAGGCAGUCCCUCCCCAACAUCUGGACCAUACAGAAAGAAGUGGGGGUGGUUGUGAAGAAGAUCAGUGAGCUUCAACGCUGGUACUUUGAUAACAACCCUUGUGAUCAAAUCAAAUAUUGGAAGGAGGACAUGGUGGACUCUGCAAGAGGCUUUAAAGUCUAUUUUGACAUAUUGGUGAAUGCCAAGAAGCCCCUGGUAGGACACAACAUGAUGAUGGACCUAUUGCAUCUCCAUGAGAAGUUCUUCAAACCUCUUCCAGAAAGCUACGAAGAGUUUAAGCGGAACAUCCAUAGCCUGUUUCCUGUCAUCAUCGACACCAAGAAUGUAACAAAAGAUAUCUGGAAGGAGCUGCAUUUCCCGCGAGUCUCCAACCUCUUGGAAGUAUAUGACCUGCUGAGCAGUGACUUGAAUCCCGCUAAGAAUACUGGGCCGAAGAUUAUUCAUUCAUUUCAUUCUCACAGAUAUGCUAAGCACAGGUGCCCCCAUGAAGCUGCAUACGACGCUUUCCUCUGUGGGUCAGUUCUUUUGAAGGUGGCCCACUUGCUCCUGCACAGGCUACAAGGGUAAGUGCCUUCCCCCGACAGCUCAUUCCCUCAGUACUUCGAAAUGCUGUGGCCCUACGUGAACCAAGUGAAUCUUAUCCGAGCUGGGGUCCCUAAAAUUAAUCUUUGCGGCCCAGAUUACCCCAGUAUCCGGCCUCCUGUACUCAUCCUCACCGUCAAGAAUUGGCCCGCGGUCACCGAGCAUCAUGUCUACAAUGAGUUUCAUAAUGUUUGCAAGUUCGAUGUCAGGCGGUUCACCCAAUACCAGUUCCUGCUCCUGACCAAUAAGUUUAAGGACGUCCGCAGUGUCCUGAAGGAGUACAGGAACCACCCAAUCAUGCAGGUCUCCCUGUACCGGUACUGGAAACACUCCCCUGACAUCACCUGCCUGUUGAAAGUCUGCGGGAUCAUUACUGCCUGGGCCACGGUUGCGUUUGUCCUGGGCAGAUCCAGCCUCACAGUGCAUUGAGCCUCCUCGACUACUGCCCUAGCUUUCCCAAGAUGGCCCUCAUGACUUGUCUGUAUAAACAAGUUUGUUUUCAGGCA